AUGCAGUACAGACUUCUAUUAGCAGGCGACAGAGCCGACUUUACCACGCUCGAAUUCGACCAGAAGAGAGGAAAGUUGAGCAUCCUUGCUAAUUAUGCAUCUCCCUUCAAUGCUUCCUGGGUCGAGCUAUCGUCAUCGCAAAGGGGCCUGGAUCAACUUGUCGGCCUAUCCGAGGGGGACGAGUCGGGUCUUUUGUAUACCUUCGAGAUAGAUCACCUGAAAAAGGAUUGCACAAUUACCAGCCAGUUGCCAACUCUGGGAGCGCCUGGUCACUUCAUCAAGUUGCGUGAUAAUACUGCACUAGCUCUUGGCACUUAUCUGGGAGGAUCUGUUGCCCUCUAUCCCAUUUCCAGAACAGGCAAUGGCAAGAUACUGCUUCAAAAUGUUCCGCGAGCGGAGAUUCUACCGGAAUUUCCCUAUCAGUCGAUUGGACACGGUCCUAACAAGGCCCGUCAGCAACAAUGCCAUGUGCAUCAAAUAUUGGAAGACAGCCGAGGCAUACUAUACGCCCCGGAUCUGGGAUCCGAUAGGGUUUGGAUACUUCGGCGCGACGGCGUUCAGCAUCUUGAAGUCUGUGGCUGGCUACAGUGCCCUCCCGCAACAGGCGCUCGACAUGCCGUAUUGACUCCCGAUGAGACGAUAAUGUACGUUAUUGGAGAGCUCUCGCACACUGUCAUCGCCUUCGAUGUAUCAGCUGCCCCUGCAGAGAGCAUACCCCCGAUUGAUGGCUUCGCACCGAGUAUAAUCCCUCUGGAGGUUCACCCCGAUCAUCAAGGCAUGAUGGACUCUGCCGAAAUCGGUCUUCAUCCCUCCAUCCCUAACGUUAUCUAUGUCAGCAAUCGCUGGGAGAGGCACAUAGCGCAGCGUGAACCAUACCUCCGCAGUGUGCCUCGCGAUCUACCGCCGGGAGAUGCGAUCGCUAUUAUCCUGCUCUCCGAGGACGGCAGGAAGGUCAACGACAUCAAGCAUGUACGAACAGGCGUUGAUGUCAUCCGUGGCAUGCGGCUCAGUGACGACGGCAGGUAUGUCGUUGUAGUCGGACAAGAAGGGGGUGGCGUGGAGGUCUAUGGAAUCAACGGGGAAAGGGGAGACAAGUGGACUUUGAUGGCCGCCCUGAAGGAGGGGCUAGAAAACGGGAUAAAGCAUGCCAUUUGGUUAUAA